AACCCGCGACCGGUCGCUGGGACACGUCAUGGCCUUCCUCUUCGGCAAGCUCGCCGACCGCAAGAAGACCGACGCUCCAUCUCCUGACAUCACUGAGCCACCUUCUCCUCCUCCGCCCAAGCCCAAGCCACCGCCGCCGGGCACGUUGCUGACGCACGAGGACAGGCUCGACCUCCUCGUCAGCGACAUCUCGUCGCGAGCACCUCCAAAGAUUGCCGAAGCCAUCCUCAAGGCGGCUCCCGUCCUCACACCGGUCGCCGUCGUCCUGAUCAAAGUGCUGAACGUCGUCGGGCCGGUCUACAUCAGGCUCUUCAGCCUCAUCUACGCCUUCCUCGCAGCGUUGCCUUACGACCUCUUCCAGGCGGCGAUGGGCCUCGGACUCUGCUUCUUCGGUGGCGGGUACUGCGCCUCAAUCGCGGCCGCGGAGGCAUUCUACAUGACCGGCUGGAGCACGACGCGGCAGCAGCUGCAACACAUCUACGAGGAGGCGGUGGCGAUGUCGGAGGCGCAGACCAAGGACGACGCGAAGGACGAGGACGGCGACGGCGUCGCCGAUGUGAACCAGAUCCCGACCUCGGAGCUGCUCGAGCGCAAGGUGCGUGUGGCUGCCGGUGCGGUGCGCGACCCGCAGCGGUUGUCCGCGGCGCUGGGCGGUCUCUACGUCGGCUGGCUCUCGGUGCAGGGCGUGCUGCGCGUCCAGUUUGCAAAGACAAUAAACCUCGCCCUCUCGUGCAGCCAGUUUGUCGAGUACUAUGUGUGCAAGCUGCUCCUGCCUCUCGUCGCGCCGCUCCUCUCCACAGAGUUUCGCGCGUGGUUGCCCGUCGGCAUCAAGACGGGCACCAAGGCGCUCUUCGUCUACUUUGCGUGGAAGCUCCAGGAGGUCGUCUCCGCCGCCCAGUCCGGCUUGCGCGGCGGUCUGCUCUUCUCGCGCGGCGUGUGUGCGUGGCUCAACCGGCGUGGGCACAAGUCUUUCCUCGGCUUGUCGCUCGAGCCGGACAAGACGUACCUCGACGAGGCGGUCGGCUACGUCCUCGCCGCGCUCGGCUUCUACGUGCAGUGGCAGUUCGGCUUCGGCAUCCCCUUCCCCUUCUCGCUCGUAAUGCUGCCCCUCGACGCCGUCGAGUGGUACGUGCGCUGGAGCGUCACUAGCGACGGCGCCAACGGCGCGUGAUCGAGACCGCUGCGCGAGAGAAGCGAGCGCGGACAGCACGGAGCGUGGUGUGCCCCGCGCUGGUGCACGAGCGCCAAAAGAGUUUGAGGUUGCGAGGUGCGAGCGACACCGCACCGCUUCCCCGGUGGGCUGCAGGAGCCCCGCCCCGCGAGUCCCGUGCAUCACGGCUCACGCCGGCUCCCUCGACGCUCGAGUACAGCGCAGUGGUGUGAUCCCCUGUUAUGUGAUCCCCUGUUAUGUGAUCCCCUGUUAGUGGAGCAUGAUGUAUGUGUAAUUUGGCGUCUAGAUCUGA